AUGUCUUCCAUUCAGAGAGACACCCUGUUCAAUGUCGACGGCAUGGUGGCCGUCAUCACUGGAGGGGGGACUGGGAUUGGACUGAUGAUGGCACGGGGCCUGGCGGAGAACGGCGCUUCCAAAGUAUACAUUAUGGGCCGUCGAGAGUCGAAGCUGAAAGAAGCUGCGGCGUUGCAUCCGAGUAUCAUCCCCCUGGUGGGCGACGUCACUAGCAAAGAGUCCCUGCAAGCAGCGGCCGCAAGAGUCCAACAGGAGACGGGAUAUAUUAAUCUGCUCAUAGCCAACGCAGGUAUGAGUGGACCGAUGCUGGACAAGCUGCGCGCGCGACACUCGCUGGCCGAGUUUGUCGACUACGCAUGGAAGACGCCGAUGGAGGAGUUCAGCGAGGUGUACAACAUGAACUGCACGGCCACGUACUACACAAUCCUGGCCUUUCUGAACUUGCUGGACGCGGGCAACCAGCGUGGUAGUCCCACCAAGUCGCAGGUCAUCGCGACGGCCAGCACCGCCAGUUUCCUGCGUAACCCGCGCGCUGGAUUCGCCUACUUGAGCAGUAAAGCGGGGGUGGUGAGUAUGCUGAAGAGUUUCUCGACUUUUUGCGUGCCUUUUGGUAUACGAUUUAAUAUUAUUGCCGCUGGAUUGUUUCCUUCCGACAUGUCGGAGCCGCUGUUUGCGCCGUUCAAAAUCGACAAGGAAAAGGCAAUCGACGAAGAAGGAGCAUUUGCACGCUCGUACCAGCCGGCUGAGAGAGCUGGUAAGGUGGAUGACAUGGCCGGCACGGUGCUAUAUCUAGCCAGUCGAGCUGGCUCGUUUGUGAAUGGCAGCGUGAUGCUGGUCGAUGGGGGGAAGAUUGCCACGAUGCCGGCGACGUAUUAG